AUGCAGUUCUCUACUCUCACCACUGUCUUCGCCCUGGCCGCCGCUGCCAUCGCUGCUCCCGCCGACAUUGAGGCUCGCACCGGUCACGAUAACAACAACGCCGUCUGCUCUGCCCAGAACAAGCAGGUCUGCUGUACCGGACUCCUCAACUGCCCUAUCCAGGUUCUCGGCAGCAACUGCAAUGGCAACUCUUACUGCUGCAAGACUGACGCCCCUGUUGGCGCUCUCAUCAACGUUGCUCUCCUCAACUGUGUCAAGCUCCUCUAG